AUUUUUCAAUUAAUAAUUUUUGUACCUUUAGUCAUACUAAUUAUAUUAGUGGUUCUUGGACUUUCUCUUAUUCUUAGAAAGAAAGUUAAGUUUAAUCGAGAAAAGUCUUCUCCUUUUGAGUGUGGAUUUGAUAGUAAUUCUAAUUUUCGUUUGCCAUUUUCUCUUCGAUUUUUUUUAAUUACAAUCAUCUUUUUAAUUUUUGAUGUUGAAAUUGUAAUACUUCUUCCUGCAGUAUUUAGAUUAACUAAAUCAGUAUUAUUAAAUUGAUUCAAAGUAUUCAUAUUAUUUACUGUAAUUUUAUUGUUGGGUUUAUUUCAUGAGUGGAAGCAAGGAGCUUUAAAUUGAGCACUUUAG